CACUUUAUUACAUAAUUACCCUCACACGCCUAUUACUACAUUUAUACUUACAAACUUAUUUUUAUUACACAUUUACCACUUACUCAUCAUACCAUGCAUACACGUGUUCUCUCCCCAUGCAUCAUCAAUCAAAUCAUUCUCUCUUCCCUCUCUUUUUUCAUUUUGUUUUCAUUUCAUUUUCUAUUCUUCAUUUCUGUUCUCUAAGUUCAUUUUGAAUUCAAGUAACCUCCAUUAACCACCCAUAAUUUAUCACGUUUUUCCCUCUUAUUUUUGGUUCAUCCACGAAUUUUCAACUUCCUGUUAGCCCACGAUUUAGCAACUGUUUUUCCCUCUCUGUUUCAUUUUUUUUCAAUCUUAUUUAUACCAUGGCAAUCACUCGGUCAUCUUCAUCCCCUUCUCCAGUUCUCAAAAAGAAAUCAAAAAUGGGCAAGAAAUCUUUGGCCAACAAAUCCAAGGGUAAACGCCCAAUCAAUGAUGAUUUUGAUUCUGAUUUUGAAGCUCCCAUGCCGAAGCGUGUGAAACCCACUUCUUCGAAGAAAUCGAAGCUGAACUUGGAGGAGCCCUCGCUUCCAGAAAUUUCUGGGAAAAAAUUUCAAAAAUCUAUUACACAUACUGAAGAUCGGACUGAGGUUGGUUUUUAGUUUUAUUUUCGUUUCCCCCUUUCUUCCAUUUCUGCUUUACCCAGAUUUUUGGCGUUUUCAUGUUCAUUUUGCUUUGUGUGAUUUUAGGGUUUCAUUUGCGCAUUUUGUUUCAUGUUUUUAAAUUUUUUAGUUAUUUAUUGUUGCGUUUGAUCUUUCCAUUUGAUUCUGGUCUGGGUGUUGUUCUUUAAUUUUGUUUUGUUUUAUUUAUUUUCAGUGUUUUUUUGUGCUUACAGGUUAUGUGUUUUGUUUUCGUUUUUGGUGUUUUCAAUCAUUCUUCGUUAGUUUCUUUUCAGUUUUUUAAUAGUUUGUUACUGGUAUGUUUUGAUGUGUUUUCGAUUUUCAUUAGGUUUAGUUGUUUGCUGUUAUAUUUUAGAUUUCAAAACGAUUUUCAAAUCUUUGCUCUAUAUUUUUCUAUAGUUGUAUAUGUUUUUUAGUUUGUUUGUUGUUUUAAUAUAGUUUUGUUGUUCUUUUUAUACUGCAUUUUUCGAUUUCUUUUAGGGUUAGUUGUUUACUGUUUUUUUUAUGUUUCCAAACGAUUUAAGGUCUUUGCUGUUAUUUUCUGUGUAGUUGUUUGUCAUUGAUAGUUUGUUUUUAGUUUGUUUGUAGUUGUUUUUCAGUUUUCAUACUGUUUAACUCAGGAUUUAUAAUUUAUAUUGGCCCUUUUUUUGUUAUGUUGCAGGUUUGGGACUGUAAAUUUAGUCCUUCUGAUUUUUACAGAUCUAAGUGUGUGUGCACCAGUGUGUAUUCUGUGAUAAAUAAUAUUAAAAACACUUUAUCUGUUAAUUUGCUUUCUUUGUUUCGUCAAACUCAAUUUGGGCAUUUUCUGGAUAUGCCUGAGUUUGUUUUUCACCCACAAGUCGUUCAUAGUUUAUUACUAAGGGAAGUUUUACAGCCUAAUCCUAAGGAGUUUUGGGCUAAGGUUGCUGGCCGUUGCAUACGGUUUAGUGCCGAAGAAUUUUACCUUAUUUCUGGUUUAGAUUGUUUCGGUGAUUGCAACAAGUUGUUGUUUUCACAGGAAACAAAUCAAUUGGUAGAAACAUGUUUCCGUGGUGUAAAAACUAUUGACAACAAAGCCAUCGAGGAUGCUUUUUUGGGUAGUCGGUGGGGUUUGGAUGAGUCUAUUGGUUUGAAAAUGGCUGUUUUGUAUUUCAUUCAGUGUUUUCUUCUUAGCAAUACUCCUGACAAAGAAGUGUCUAGGUUUGUUCUAGAUGUAGUUGAUAGCGGUCGGUGGGAUGAGUAUUGUUGGGGUAGGGAAUCAUUUGAAUUGACAAUUGACUCAUUCAAAGGUAGGAUUGAGCAUGGGAUCAUUAUGAAAAAUAGAAAGGCAGAGAAGGGAGGCCAAUAUGAUGGCUGGUAUAGGGCAUUGGGAUGUCCUUGGGUUUUUACUGUUUGGUUUUAUGAAUGCUGUCCUGCAAUGGUGAACUCUUUCUGUAAGAGAGUUUCAUCUUCUAUUCCCAGGAUUCUGAACUGGAGCAACACCAUCGUCACCAAAAAUCCAACCCUUCGAGACUUGAAGGGCAAGAUUUUUGAUUUACCUUUGGAGAAGUUGAAGAUAAAAAACAUGCGUCCUACUGAUGAAGAGAGGCAGCAGCUUCAACUUGACGGUCUAUUUCUCGAUGAAUCUAUUGAUGAACGUGGUGUAGCGAAGCAACCCUUCGAGGGUGGCUCAUCUUCAAAGAAGUCUGAUUCAGCAGAUAUUGAUUGGAUGAAAUCUAAGCUGGAGAUGCUCAGUUCGAAUCAAUCAUCAUUGGCAGAGGACUUCAUUUCGUUGAGGUGUUUUGUUGAUUUAAAUUUCAAAUCCGUAAUGACUGUAAUUAAGGAUAUCCAAGAGAAGGUUAAUGCCAUUCAUCGUCGUCCUUCUGACGAGGUAUUUAUUCUUAUUUUAUUGUUUAGGUUUUUUUAUAUUUUUUUUUGUAUAGUUUCUUUACUGUUUUAUUUAAGUUUCAUUUAUGUUGGUUGAUACAGGGAAAGUCAUCGGAUGAAUUAGUAACUCAAGAUUCUGAUGAUGAUCCUGAUGAUGAUGAUGAUGAUGAUGAUGAUGCCGAGGAUGAUGAGAAGCAAUUGCCUGAUCCAGAGAAUAUUGAUUCCGACUCCGACGAUGGUGGUGAGUUGGUUAAAGUUGGUGGGGAUGCUG